AGAUUCUCACCAGCAGGUAAUUGAUUCUGAGCUUCCUCCAGAGGAGAAACCAAGAGGUGCUAGAAAGAUGAAGAUUCUACUCUUACUUCUUGGAGUCGUUCUGGUUUGUGGCGGCCGCCUACCUCUACCGGACGGCCGCCUACCUCUUCCGGACAGCCGCCUACCUCUACCGGACGGUCGCCUACCUCUACCGGACAGCCGCCUACCUCUACCGGACGGCCGCCUACCUCUACCAGACAGCCGCCUACCUCUACCGGACGGCCGCCUACCUCUACCGGACAGCCGCCUACCUCUACCGGACGGCCGCCUACCUCUACCGGACAGCCGCCUACCUCUACCGGACGGUCGCCUACCUUUACCGGAAGGCCACCUACCUUUACCGGACAGCCACCCACCUUUACAAGACAACCUUACACAGCUUUCAGGAGAAUGGAACACGCUUUUGGUCGCAGCCACCAACGUUGACAAGAUAAGCAACGGCCCAUUCCACGGUUAUAUGCGCAAAGUUGAUGUGGACAUAACAAAUGGCACAGUCGUCUUCAAUUUUUCUGUCAUGACGAACGGACUGUGCACAGAAAAGUCUGCCGUGGGAACCAUUGGGCGUGACAAGUUUAUCAAUAUUGGUUAUACGAGUCAAAAUAUUUUCAGUUUUUUCUCUAUAGCCUCAAAUACCGCAAUCAACGUGAACACCAAAAGAAACACCACAAAAGCGUUUGUAUUGCUUGAUACGAAUGGAAAUACUUUCCAUAUUGGUUAUGACAGCCUCGGUUCUCUCAUAAUACGUACGGCCAACGUGGACAGAGCAGGACACACCACACAAAUGUUUGCGUUGCUUGGCAAAAGACUUCAUCCUGAUGACAACGACUUUGCAAAGUUCAGGGAGUUGAUGAGAGGAAACAAUAUUCCUGAAGAAAAUCUUAUAGAUAUGAGCAAAACUGGAAAGUGUCCUAGAAAUGAGAGGGGCACCAACCCGUCCUGAACACUGUAAGGAAGAAUGACGUGUUAUCAGUGCCGCUAUGUCAACUCGCUGCAUCACUGAGAACCAGGAACAAGGUCUUCCCCAUGGAAUCAGGAUCAACAGCAUGAAGAGUAUGUUCCUUCUUUCUGCCUCACAUCAUUUUCUCUAUUCAUAAACAUGUUCGCCUUUCCCAUCUCGUCUCUGUCCAUCACCAUUCAGGUUCUGUUUGGUGUUACUGGAUUUCUCUGUCCAUCACCAUUCAGGUCCUGUUUGGUGUCACAGGAUUUCUGAAUGAUUAAAUAAAUUGAUUACACAUGUAUCCUGUA